AUGGGUAUUUUAGACGUUAUCAAGAGAAAGGAAGGUGUUAUUGUCGGUGACGAUGUCAGAGCUUUGUUCACUUACGCUAGAGAACACAAGUUCGCCAUCCCAGCUAUCAACGUUACUUCUUCUUCUACCGUUGUUGCUGCUUUGGAAGCUGCUCGUGACAACAAGUGUCCAAUCAUCUUGCAAACCUCUAACGGUGGUGCUGCCUACUUUGCCGGUAAGGGUGUCUCCAACGAUGGUCAAAACGCCUCCAUCAGAGGUUCCAUCGCUGCCGCUCACUACAUCAGAUCUAUUGCUUCUGCUUACGGUAUUCCAGUCGUCUUACACUCUGACCAUUGUGCCAAGAAAUUGUUGCCAUGGUUCGAUGGUAUGUUGGAAGCUGAUGAAGCUUACUUCAAGCAAACUGGUGAACCUUUGUUCUCUUCCCAUAUGUUGGAUCUUUCCGAAGAAUCCGAUGAAGAAAACAUCGGUACCUGUGUUAAGUACUUCAAGAGAAUGGCCGCUAUGGGUCAAUGGUUAGAAAUGGAAAUCGGUAUCACCGGUGGUGAAGAAGAUGGUGUUAACAACGAAUCCGUCGAAAAGGAUGACUUGUACACCAAGGCUGAACAAGUUUACGCUGUUCACGAAGCUUUGGCCCCAAUCUCUCCAAACUUCUCCAUUGCUGCUGCUUUCGGUAACGUUCACGGUGUCUACGCUGGUACCAUGGAAUUGAAGCCAGAAAUCUUGGCUGAACAUCAAGCUUACGCUGCUGCUAAGUUGGGUGCUCCAAAGGGUACCAAGCCAUUGUACUUGGUUUUCCACGGUGGUUCCGGUUCUACCGACCAACAAUUCCACACUGGUAUUGACAACGGUGUUGUCAAGGUCAAUUUGGAUACUGACUGUCAAUACGCUUACUUGAAGGGUAUCAGAGACUACGUCUUGAACAAGAAGGACUACAUCAUGUCUAUGGUUGGUAACCCAACUGGUGCUGAAGCUCCAAACAAGAAGUACUUCGACCCAAGAGUCUGGGUUAGAGAAGGUGAAAAGACCAUGUCUGAAAGAAUUGCUCACGCUUUCGAAGUUUUCAGAACUCAAAACACUUUAUAA